AUGGCCUCCACCACUCUCACAAAAAACACAGUAUUAGUGUCAGGCCAACCACAAGUCACCACUGCUACCACCACCAACCAGUCUCCCACAACCACGACCCCUGCAACCACAGCAACCACUGCAACCACAGCAACCACUGCAACCACAGCAACCACUAACACCCAAUCCCCAACCACCACCACCACCUCUGGAAGCACAAUAACCACCCAACCAUCAUCCUCUACCACCCCCACACCAACAACAAUCUCCACUACCAUCACUACCCAGCCCCCAACCGCCACCCAGUCCACUCUGAUGACCACCAGCAGCACAGCAACUACCACCCAGUCUACCACCUCCACCACCACUGGAGGUACAGGAAUUACCACCACCCAGCCAUCCUCCACUGCCACCUCUGGAAGCUCACCAUCCAUUACCACCCAGCCCCCCACAAACACAAUCACCUCCGGAGGCACAACAAUCACCACCACCCAGUUAUCCUCCACUACCACCUUUGGAGGCUCACCAUCCAUUACCACCCAGCCCCCUACAAACACAAUCACCUCCGGAGGUACAACAAUCACCACCACCCAGUCAUCCUCCACUACCACCUUUGGAGGCUCACCAUCCAUUACCACCCAGCCCCCUACAAACACAAUCACCUCCGGAGGCACAACAAUCACCACCACCCAGUCAUCCUCCACUACCACCUCUGGAGGCUCACCAUCCAUUACCACCCAGCCCCCCACAACCACUACCACCUCUGGAGGCUCACCAUCCACUACCACCCAGCCCCACACAACCACAAUCACCUCCGGAGGCGCCCCAGCAAUCACUACCACCAAGUCAUCCUCCACUACCACCUCUGGAGGCUCACCGUCCAUUACCACUCAGCCCCCCACAACCACUACCACCUCUGGAGGCUCACCAUCCACUACCACCCAGCCCCACACAACCACAAUCACCUCCGGAGGCACACCAGUCAUCACUACCACCAAGUCAUCCUCCACUACCACCUCUGGAGGCUCACCGUCCAUUACCACUCAGCCCCCCACAACCACUACCACCUCUGGAGGCUCACCAUCCACUACCAUCCAGCCCCACACAACCACAAUCACCUCCGGAGGCAUGGCAAGCAUAACCACCCAGUCAUCCUCCACUACCACCUCUGGAGGCUCACCAUCCACUACCACCCAUCUCCCCACAACCACCAGCAAAACAACCACUGCAAAUUCUGCAUCUUCAACUUCUAUGAUGUCUUCUAAUUCAGCCAGUGCUACUAAUUCAGGAACCACCUCUGCCUCCUCUACAGCUAUGACCCAGUCCAGCACCUCAAUGACGGCCUCAGUUGGGACCAGUUCAUCCUCCUCCAUGACUCCAACCUCAAUGAUGUCCACAACCCAGCCAUCAAACUCCACUGGUGGCAAGCCUGUUAUGAAUGGAACCACAACAUCAAAUCCUGCAUCAGGGAGUAUGGCAAGUCCACCUUAUUAG